CACAGCGGGACAGGCGGGACUCACACGCACAGAUGUCUCCUCUCUCUGUGUGGCGUGUGUCAUCUGAGCGGAUGCAGGUGGCUGACGGCGAUGAUGUGUGCUGAAGGGCAGAGAUCGACACAUGCCCCCUUCCUCACCUGCUAUUCCCCAUCACGUGAAGCACCUCUAUCUCAUCCGCAUGGAAAUACUUCGACCCGCCCAGCAGAGCAUCGUCGUCGCUGUCUCUCACCCCCAUGUAGCCCGCAGGCACAUCGCGGCUGUAGGUGUACUGAUAGCAGCUGCGGAUGUCGGCAGCGGGCCGGCCACUGACACCCAGCCACAGAUUGUCACUGUUCUCGUCGUCACCCAACACCAGAUACCCACCGAUGUACAUAUUCGCACCAUACCAACUCCCCUCCCUCCCCGCCACUAUCACAUGCUGCACCAGUCGGGGGAUGUCGAUCUUGGUCGGCUGUUCAAAGUGGCCGGCCAGCGAGAACCACCACAAAUCAAAAUCACAGUCGUAGUGGUGCACGCCGGUGGGGUCGUCGGGCAGCUCCAGACCACAAUUGCUGAAGGCGCCGAAGACGUACUUGUCCUUUCUGAUGACAAACACGAGAGGCUCUGCGUCGCCCACACUGUCCAGCAGGUCAUCGUAAAUGGUGCCAUGCACAGACGACCUACGCCACACACACACACACACACACAGAUCUCUCUCUCUCUCUCUCUGUGUGUGUGUGUGUGAUUGCAUACCGGUAUACUGAGGUGAGUUCUGUUCUGUCAUUGCCCAUGAGGUCGAGCAGCCCCUCAUACUCUGCCACAGACAGCGACGUGCCCUCAGGCAGGGACACCUCCACUCGACGCAAAUGGAAGAAAUAGACACACAAGGCAGCCGCCGACACCACCAAGCUGACAGUCACCAUCAGCAGCGCAGCACACCUGCAAUGCCGUGUCAUCGCGUGGACGAAAGAAAGCCUUUCUCGUCAGUCCAGCCACAGGCAGCCCAGCCUGAUGAAUAAGACAGCAGUGAGUGAGACCGCUGGGUGAGCACACCAUUAGGGAAAGAGAGAUCAGAGAGACUCUCUCCCUCUCCGGGCUCAUCGCUCGGGUAUUGCAGAUCUCUCCACUCAGACUUCUUGUAAAGCUCUCCCCAUUGACGCUCCCGCCGACUCGCCAUCUUUGUGCGCGGACCGCACUGUUGGAGGUGCGAGCUGGAGGAACAAGCUUUUCCUCUCUCAGCCCUCCAUUCUCUCACUGGAUGGCCCUUUGGGCUCUCACUGGACAAUCUCUGCACCGAAAUGGCCAAACGAAUGUGUCAGCUUUGAGAAAAAGAGCAAUUCGAUCGUCACUCGAUCACCGACUUUGGCAAAUUCGUUUUCUUAUUUCAUCACAUUGACCGCUCCGCAGUGAGACCAUUGACACGACAAAAGAGACAAACAGGCGAAG